AUGUCUGCGCUUGCGACGACUUCGCGUUCCGCUGCUUCGCGUCUCGGCAUUUCUACGAAUAAAAGCCGGCUGUUCCGAGGAGUCAAGGCAUGCUCGACUUGCAAGAGAAUUAGAGGAUAUGCCACGGAGGCAGCAGAGUCUCAUGAGGUGCUUAAGCCCUCGGAGUAUGGACAGCCUGUGUGGCAGUCCCAUCCUCAUCUAAUUAGGCCGAAGGAAACGACACCAGGCGUUCCUGCAGAAGAGUAUGAGAGGCGUAGACGCGAGUUGAUGGAAAGACUACCUGACAAUAGCGUCGUGGUCUCGGUUUCGGCGCCGGUGAAAUAUAUGAGUGGCCGUAACUACAAGUAUCGUCAAGCGUCGGACUUCUGGUAUUUGACCGGCUUUGAGGAGCCGGACUCAGCGGUGAUCCUCGAGAAAACCUCCAGCUCUCGUGGAUAUCGCAUGACUAUGUUCUCGCACGGAAGAGACAUGGCGAAAGAGAAGUGGGAUGGACCAAGCACCUCUCAGGAUGCGCUACGAAGCCACUUCGCCGCAGACGACGCACGGCCGAUAUCUGUGUUCGCCUCCCAUCUCAAGGGUUUACUACCUCUCUUCGACGAGGUGUACAUCGAUCUGCCUUCAAACAGGAAAUUUUCAGGGGCAAACAAUACCAAAAGCCUGCUUAAAUUCCUAACACCGAGGUCCGAAGUGGACCCUUUGUCGGAGAUUCCAGUGCUCUCGUCCUCCCGUCGCAAACCUCUUGCCCCUGAGGUAGCGCGGUUGCGUGCGAUCAAGAGCGAGUCGGAGGUGAGAAUUAUGCGUAAAGCUGGCGCAAUAAGUGGCCAGGCGCACGCGAAGACGAUGCGUUUCUGCCGACCUGGUAUCUCGGAGCAUGCUCUCGCAGCUCACUUCGAAUACAUUUGCGCUUUGCAGGGAUCGCAAAGGCCGGCAUACGUGCCAGUCGUCGCGUCCGGCGCUAACUCGCUCGUGAUCCACUAUACGACGAAUAACCAUCUUGUUCGCGAAGACGAGAUGGUGCUGAUCGACGCUGGAUGCGAAUACAACGGCUACGCGUCAGACAUCACGAGGACGUUUCCUGCUUCGGGCGUUUUCUCGCAGCCUCAGCGCGACCUCUAUAGCGCGGUGCUGGCGGCACAGAAAGAACUCAUUCCGUUAUGUACAGAGGAAUCUGAUCUCAGCCUGAACGAUCUGCAUCGUAAAUCCGUCGAAUCCCUGCGGAGGGAGCUCCUUCAGAUCGGAUUUGACAUAUCGAUGAUGUCCGGCGACAUGAACUUGCUCUAUCCUCACUUCCUCAGCCAUCCUAUCGGCAUAGACCUACAUGAAUCGACUAAUUUCGAGCGGGCAGGAAGAUUGAAGGCGGGCAUGGUGGUAACAAUCGAGCCCGGGUUAUAUGUCCCGCCAGCCGUGCAAUUCCCCAAGUACUUCCAUGGCUUGGGCGUUCGCAUCGAGGACGAAGUGCUCGUGGGUAAAGAGCAUGCCACUGUUCUCAGCGCGGAAGCACCCAAGGAGAUCAGCGAUGUAGAAGGAGCGUGCCAAGGUUUACUCGGAUUCCAGCCAUAUUGA